GAAUCUGUGUAUAUGUGGUGAUAUUUCAAAAUCAGGGAAGAAUUCAUUGAAGAUAAACUAAAAUAAACCAAAGGCUUCGUCGCUAUGAGUUUUCGAUUCAAAGCAUCGAUUGUGGGAGCCGUUGGUUUGAUCUGCACAGAUAUUAUGACGGGGUACGUGAUGCGGGUGCUGAGUACUUAUCUGACCGACGUUUGGGGACUUAACUUCACUCACUCGGCAGCCAUUGUCAAUAUGUGGGAAGGCUUGUCUAAGAUGUUGCCUUUGGCAAUUGCCCUCAUCUCUUCUUUUUUCCCUAAGCCAUUGCUUGUGCCUAUUCUAUGCACCAUAUCUUAUGCCAUUGGAUGGAUCUUGAUGACCCUAUCGACGCCACCUCUGCUGGCGCGAUCCACCGGCACGUGCAGCGACUACCACGCCGACUGCAUCGGGCACACACAGAAAAUCUUGUUCUACAUAGGGUUCCCCAUGGUCACCGUUGGAAUGAGCAGCAUUGUCGUCCUCGUAGCAUUUAUAUUUGGAAAUGACGAAGAAGAUGAUGACGAAUCGCGAGGGAUGAUCGCCGGGGAUAUCGCCAAUCACCCACUUUUAGCUUUCCCGAAUUAUAUUAUCAACAUUGCCCUCUCUUACAUAAAACCUUGGUUAGCUCGUUUUGCUAUCCCUUCAUUUUUCUCGGUUAUAUCCGUGUUCUUGUUUUUAUUGGUGCCGUAUGAGGAGAGAGUAGAAAGGUUGCCCCAAGGUAUUGACGGAUUGGCUAAAGAGAGCCCGAUAACACGAGCCAUGAGAGUCUUGGUUGCCUCGGUUUCGAAGCUCCGCCAUAAACUUGAUGAUCAAACCCGGCUUCACGAACAAGGACAUCCACGAAUCACAUUGCCCCGUACUCGGGGACUCAGAUUCUUGGACAAAGCCGCCAUCGUAGUGCCCGGAAAAAGCCUGGAGGAACAAGAGAAGCAUAAAUGGACAUUGUGCACUAUUACAGACGUCGAAAAAAUCAAACUCGCGAUACGUAUGGCUCCCUUAAUCCCAUCCAUCGUUUUCUGCGGUGUCAUAAUCUCCAUCGGCAACACCUACUUCAUAGAGCAAGCUGACAACCUCAACCCGAAGAUCGGGAAAUGGAAGACCUCGACAUCCUACCUUCUCGCCACCUACGAUUCCACAAAGCAAUCCAUGGUUGUAUUCGGCUUCCUAUUCCAACUAAUAUCCCCUCGGGCCGGGAUUUGCACAGCAAUGUUCUUGUCGGUGCUGUGCUGCAUAACUGCCGCCAAAGUCGAGCAACGGAGGCUGCACGUCAUCACGCGCCACGGUUUGAUCGACAAGCCCGACCAGAGGAUCCCGAUGAGCAUGUACUGGAUGCUACCUCAGUUCAUUCUUCUCGCCAUGGUCGAUUCCCUACUUGAAGCUAAUGUGAAGUCGUUCAUCCUCAGACGGUACCAAAAUGCGUCGCGGCUGCUGUAUCCACUUCUUUUUGCUCGGGCAAUCACCGGCGCCGGAGUCCUGGGCGGCAUUCUGUUGGUUUAUUUAGCCGGCAGGUUCAGCAAGCGUGUGGGGCGGAGGGUGAACUGGUUUCAGGAAUCGCUGAGCCGGAGCCGGAUGGACCAUUACUACUGGGCAUUCGCUGUGCUCUGCACAGCUAAUCUUGCGCUGUUUCUGGUGUUGUCAUUCUACUUCAAGUGCAGAUCAGGCCGUGAAUACAUCGGCGCCGAGGAUAAUGCGCCGGAGAUGGAGAUGCCCGCAGUUGCCCCGUACAUAGAAGUCGCGCCUGAAGCUGAGGAAGAAGGUGGCGAUGAUUAAAGUGUGCAUUUGU